GCGGCAGGCUUCGAAACUUCUGUGAGUUAUGUUUCUGUAACGCACGCUUUCAUUCCACCGUUUUUGGCCCAUGUUUCAGAUUAGUGAGCCCUGCUUGAAACACCAUGUCAUCUCCAGCCGGGCUUCAGUACUCCCAGGCAGACUUUUUGGCCCGAUGGAUGCCAAGUAGCUCCAGAGCCGGGGUGAUUCUCAACCCCUGUCCGGACUUGGCUGGCUCUUUGCGGCACACCUCUGUCGUGAGAUCCCCUCCCCUGGAGCCAGACGACUCCUGUGCCUCCGACUUCGCCCCUCUGCCCGCCUCUGCAGACAGCAGCUGCCUCGGUGUGGAUGGAUUUGCCCCGUCACCUGGAGGAGAGAGGCCUGGGAAUGAAAGGCCAGUGAGCGGUCUGUCAUCCGUGCCUCCGAGAAAUUCAGAUGGAGAGUUGGACAGUGUGGAUGAGAUGGCAAACAAGUCGCAGGAUCUGCCGCUAAUGAUGAAGCUAGAACAGUUGAGAAAAUGGCAACAGCAUAUGCAGGAGCAGCUAAAAGCCCAUCAGUUGGAGGAGCUGCUUCGCCUACAGGAGGAGCAGCAGAGGCUGUUGGGAAUGAUUAAUGGAUCCCAGGACUGCACAGGAGAUCACACAGAGAGUUCAGGGCUGUCGGAGGAGAGUUCACUCCAUGGGGACUGUCGUUACACAGAGAGCCACAGCCCUGCCAUGAGCUGUCAUAGGGUCACACAGGGAUUGACCUGUGGCCUCCUUAAGGAACAGGAGCUCUCACCAACAGGGAGGCAGGAGUGGCUACCAGCAGGUCAAGCUUAUGAGAAAGUGGAUGAUGACGAUGAGGAAGAGGGCAUGUGGAACACCAAAGGAGAUGACCGGGAACAGCCUGUCGAUACGAGCCAUUUUCAUGAGCAUGACAACAAGUUAAUACCAAGUAACGGUGUGACUGAAGUGAACAGCAGAAAAGAAGACAAAGUCUUCGGUGAUAGACCUAUCGAAGGUCAGAAGAAGACAUUCGAGGAGUUGCUGGAGGAGCAGCUGAGGCUGGAGGAGCAGAGGCUGAAGUCUGGCCAACAGCAGCAGAUCCAAGAUGGAGGUGAAGCUGUACAAGCCCCUCCUAAGAGGGCCUUUCUGAAGCGAGGCGAGGGCCUCUCAAGAUUCACCAAUAAUCGAAAAGCCUUGUUACACAAAAUGGAACUGAAGAAGGACCCCAAACCACAAGUCCAGGCCAGAGUAAUCUGUCGCAGCAACUCAGAGCCUACAUCUAUCCAGAGAGGGAGCAUAAAUGGUGUCCAGCGGCUUCCUGUCCAGCGUAAAACUGCCACACUCAACAAGGAAAACCAACUGAGGGGUUUCAUUUCGCCACCCCAGGGCAUCAGAGUCGAGAGUAAGACAGCACGGACGAAGGUGUUGGGUAGUCAUCAAAGACAGAACACAGAGCCGAUUCAAACUGACCCAGAGGACAGACAAACCAAACACCUGGGGCAAGUAAAGGAGCAGAGUAAUAGGAAAGUGGGUCUGUCAGCUGUGGCCUCAAGGAACCCGGGUCACAACACACAGCCAAACCCUGUAACUAAACAGGUGGGCAUGGUAAGAGGACCAGAGAAGGCUGGAAAUGAGGCACCUACAGAGAAAAGCUGUGCUUCAAGAGGGGAAUCAGCAGCAGCAGCAGGAGGAGAUGGGCUUCCACAGGAUUCCUUCGAGCUGUCAUUCCAGGAAAGGCUCCAGUUCUUAGAGCGGGACCGGCAGUUGGAAAGCAUGGAGCUGGGAGAGUUUGAGCUGCUGGAGCAAGCAGCUGAGGAGCUGUCCUUCUCGUCAAACUCCUCCUUUGUCAUGAAGGUUCUUCAGAUGGACCAGCUGCAGGCUGCCAGGGGGCUUCACCCGCGACGACUCUCUUCCACCCCCAUUAAGUCACCUCCCAGAGGUGCACUUCGGAGAUGCAGUAGUGUUGGUAGUGGUGGUGGUUUGGCAUAUAAAAACGGUUCGAUGCACUCAGAUGUUGUGGUGGUGAAGAUAAGAGACGAUACACUGAAGAACAAAGCGAGCAUUGAGGAUGAGGAGGAACAGGACAGUGGGAGAGAAGACGAGCACAAGAACUCCGAUGUUUCAUCCUGUGGCAGCUCUGAAUUUGAAGACCAGGAAGUGGUGGUCAAAUCACCUUUGUUUCCCAGCCCUCUUUGCUUUCCUGCACAGUCUAUCCCGCCAUACGACAAACGGUCGUAUCAGGACGAAGACAGUUGCAGGGAUUCAGCUUCAGAUGUGACACAAGUCGACGAUGGGGAGAGUGACAGCGUCCUCAGCAAAGCUGACGAGUCCACUCUGAUAGAAGACGGGCAGCAGGGUAGAGUUGUGUUUGACGACAAUGACACUUGGAACGACCUGGAGGACACUACAGUUGGCACAACCAGUGACAGUAGGGGAGUUUCCAAGGCAACAGCCAGUGGAAUCUCAGCACCAGAGCGGACUCUGUUGAGGAAAGUGGCAACGAGCAAAGCUGUGGAGCUGAAUAAGGGCACAGUCACUGCUUCAGCGAAUCUAGAGCCAGAACCUCAUUCUCCUCCUCCUGCCUCCCAGCUCAUGACGAGGCUGUUCCCCUCACUGAAGCCAAAGGCCCAGAAUGCACCUCUCCCUCCUCCUCCUGCUGCUUCCAAAAUGCCAGACAUGGAGACAGGUCAGCAGGUCCAGUCUAGACUGCUGAGGGAGAGACUGGUUGAGCUGGAGAUUGAAAUCGAGAGAUUUAAGAAGGAGAAUGCUGCCCUCACCAAACUCAGACAGGAGAACGAGAAAAACCAGGAAAACCUCAGGAAAGAGCGUUUGGAGUUUGAGCAGAUGAAAGCAGAGGACGUGGCUAAGUUUGAGGAGUACAAGAAAGAGGAGAACAGGAAGUUGCAGAAGGAGCGCAAGCUGUUUGAGAAGCAUGCGUCGGCCGCCAGAGCCAUGCCCGACAAGAAGGAACGAGAGGAAAUCCAGACACUGAAGCAGCAGCUAAGCUCCCUGCAGGAGGAGCUGAGGGGGAAGGAGAGUCGCUGGGCCUCCACGCAGAGCCGGCUGCGGCAGCAGAUCGACUCCCUCGGCCGGGAGAACACUUGUCUCCAGGACGAGAUUCGUAUGUUGGAAAAGCUCCGCCUCAGUGCCUGGAAGAAAAACCUCAACACAGAGAAGAACAAAGAAAAGAAAGAAGAACCCAAGAUAACUGAAAACAAUGUGUCAUCUGUGACCAAAGGAGUGAAAUUUGCUAGUCCUCUCCACUCCAGAGGAGGCAGCAGCAGCAGCAGCAGCCCUCCGCAGAGCAGCACUGCUGCAGCCACGAAAAGGGGCUCCAAGGACAGCGGUCAGGGGGCUACAGCAGGCAUAAAGAGCAGCUUGAGGAAGCCAGCAGGGCCGGGCUCCUCUUCCUCAUCCUCAUUGCCUGGCAGAAGGACAGAGGAGAGGUCAACACCCGCCAGCAAGAGCCAGGACAAACCGCCAAACCAAGAACGCUCACACAGCUGCUCUCCGAAAAGAGAUUCUCUGCCAAAAGACACAGAGUGCAGUGAAGCCGAAGAGCCCGAAUCAGCUCAGGAGGUCAUCACACACCCUGACGGGAAGAUAGAGAAGGUUCUGGCCAGUGGCGAUCGCCUCAUUGCCUUCCCCAACGGGACCAGAAAGGAGGUUUCAGCAGACGGACUGACAAUCAAAGUCACCUUUUUCAACGGAGACACCAAACAGAUCACAGAAGACCAGAGAGUGAUCUACUACUACGCUGAAGCCCAGACGACACACAUCACCUACCCCGACGGCAUGGAGGUCCUGCAUUUCCCCAACAACCAGACUGAAAAACAUUUCCCAGAUGGCCGAAAGGAAAUCACCUUCCCAGACCAGACGGUCAAGAACCUGUUCCCCAACGGGCGGGAGGAGAGCGUGCUGACAGACGGGACCAUCAUACAAGUCAACCCGGACGGCACCAAGGAGAUCCAUUUCAACACAGGCCAGAAGGAGAUCCACACAGCCGACUACAAGAGGAGGGAGUAUCCAGACGGCACAGUGAAGACGGUCUACGCUGACGGCAGGCAGGAAACCCGCUACCCCACAGGACGGCUCAGGAUCAAAGACAAAGAUGGCAAUGUUAUCGUGGACAACGGGGCGUAGAAGCACGAUGUCUCAGACUCAUUGUUGGAUCCCAAGGCUCAUCUCAGUAAAACUAUGAUUCCCAAAGACUUUUUACAAUCACUUGUCCCAGCUGGCCUCUGCUCCAAAGGGAGUCAGAGGUCAGCUGGGGGGGGAUUUAGUGCUUCACUAUUUCAGCUCACUUCUUAAUACUUCAACAUGCUACCAAAACCAAAGGCAAGGCGACAGCUGAAAGUCCAGUAACUGAGAGUGAAGAGGUAAUAAGCCUUUUUAAUAGCGUUUUAAUUAUUAUUUAGUCCAACAAGUGGUUAAAAACUCCACAGGAUACCUGUCAGAGUGAAGCAGUUCAAUCCUGACUGAUUCAGCUGGUGAACCAGGAAUUAUUUAUUCAUCAACAGGACACACGUUUUGGUCCAACACUGAAUAUAAAAUUUAAAUAAAAUACCAAAAAUGCUGCUCGCUGAAAUGCUCUGAAAAGAUCUGGUUUGGGAAUAUGUUUUUUCUCUUAAAGGUACCCUGUGGAGUUUGGAGGAGGAAUGUUUUUACACGUGGGCUCCUUUUUUUGUUUGUUCUUGUGCACAAGGAUGCACACAGGUUACACCACUCUGAUCCACAGGUGGCAGUAAUGCACCAAGAGAUGCAGGGAGGAAGACUUCUAACACGUAAACAUGGAUGUAAACAAUGCCCGUUCCAAACAUUGAAGAAAAACGGCUUGCAAAUGUUUGAUGGAGGAGGAAGUACAUUCAGCGUAUUUAUUAGACUUCAAGGACACACAACAAGUUUUGUAAACAGGAACUUUGCAGCAGAACUCCACAGAGCACCUUUAAUCUUAGUCUCUAAAAAGGUGUCUGAAAGUUUGCAAUGAAAUCCCUAAAAGAUUUUUCUUUGUACCAGGUGUUUUUGGCUUAUGAUCUACCACCAGACUUCAUUCACAGUCUGACUGUUUUACAAUAACUCAUUGUUUACACUUUCAGUAAAGGGCAGGGAAUAACUGCUGUGCAGCUGUGCAGCAGAUCUGCUUCAGUGUGGUGUGUGAAGAGUUUUUGGUUUUAAGUGUUUGUUUACAACCAUUUUAAUUUGUAAAA